GACUGCAAGAUCGUCAAGGUCGGUAUUCCUUGUUCGCUGCCGUGAAAUGUUCUUGUGCUGAAGACAUAACACGCUUGGUAGACUCGCCAUGGCCACCUUCUCCUCGACCCCCAUCGUCAUCGACGGCAAGGGCCACCUCCUUGGUCGGCUGGCGUCGAUUAUUUCGAAGCAGAUCCUCAACGGCCAGAAGAUCGUCGUCGUGCGGUGCGAGGAGAUCAACAUCUCGGGGAGUUUCUUCCGCAACAAGCUGCGGUACCACAACUUCCUCCAUAAACGCCACAUCGUCAACCCGAAGAAGUCUGGCCCCUUCCACCACCGCGCCCCAUCCAAGAUCCUCUACCGGGCCAUCCGCGGUAUGGUCCCCCACAAGACUGCCCGCGGCGCGGCAGCCCUUGAGCGCCUCAAGCUCUUUGAGGGUGUCCCCCCUCCCUACGACCGCAAGAAGCGGAUGGUUGUUCCCGAGGCCCUGAGGGUCUUGCGAUUGAAGCCUGGCCGCAAGUACUGCACGGUGAAGCGCCUCUCGCAUGAGGUUGGCUGGGGCUACAAGGAUGUUGUGGACCGUCUGGAGGAGAAGAGGAAGAUCAAGGCUCAGGCCUUCCACGAGCGCAAGCUCGCAGCGAUUAAGCUGCGUCAAAAAGCCGUUGCUGACACCGCGUCGUCCUACGAGAACCUUACACAGCUCGGCUACUAGACGUCCCGGUUGCAUGGAUUGCCGUAUCCUCCGCUUGCGCUCUACUAUGUCCAGAUGCCUUGAGAUACUCCAUGUAACGCUUUACUGCUCUCUAUGCCCGUGCCGUGGUGGUGUUAUGCGAGGUAGUCGUUCGAAUAUGAUAUUGUCAUUGCCGCGAUGGACGAGAGUUCCUUCCGGUUUGUAAACAUA